AUGGCCCCCCUCAUCACUCAUAUUUACACUGCCGACCCCUCAGCGCAUGUCUUUAACGGCAAGGUCUACGUCUAUCCUUCCCAUGACCGUGAGACAGAUAUCAAGUUCAACGACAAUGGCGACCAGUAUGACAUGGCAGACUACCACGUAUUCAGCACAGAUAGCCUGAGCCCUCCUGGAGAGGUCACAGAUCACGGCGUGGUGUUGAAGGCAGAAGACGUCCCAUGGGUGUCCAAGCAACUUUGGGCGCCUGAUGCCGCCGAGAAGGACGGCAAAUACUAUCUCUACUUUCCAGCCCGCGACAAGGAGGGCAUCUUCCGUAUCGGUGUCGCCGUGGGGGACAAGCCCGAGGGCCCGUUCACCCCGGAUCCGGAACCGAUCAAGGGCAGCUACAGCAUCGACCCGGCCUGUUUCGUCGACGACGAUGGCGAGGCGUACCUCUACUUUGGCGGCCUGUGGGGCGGCCAGCUCCAGUGCUACCAAAAGGGCAACGACGUCUUCGAUCCAUCGUGGCAGGGCGCCAAGGAAGUCAACGGCGAGGGUGUCAGUGCCCAGGGACCGCGGGUUGGCAGGCUCAGCGCCGAUAUGCACCAGUUUGCAGAUGAGGUGCAGGAGCUCAUCAUUCUGGCCCCUGAGACUGGCAAGCCUAUCCAAGGUGACGACCACGACCGACGCUUCUUUGAGGCUGCGUGGUUGCACAAGCGCGGAGACACCUACUACUUCUCGUACUCGACGGGGGAUACGCACUUUUUGUGCUAUGCCACCGGCACGAGUCCUCUUGGGCCGUUUGUCUAUGGCGGCCGCAUCUUGGAGCCCGUUCUUGGAUGGACGACCCAUCACUCUAUUGUCGAGUUCCAGGGCAAGACAUAUCUUUUCUUCCACGACUGUGAGUUAAGCAAGGGUGUCGACCACCUUAGGUCGGUCAAGGCAAAGGAAAUUUUCUAUGAUGAUGACGGCAAGAUCAUCACCACGACGGCGGACUGA